AUGGUUGGAUUGUUCAAUGUGCUGAUCACCGAAGAAAAUUUCAAUGUCUUGGACUCUUCCCUUCAUUUCCGAGUCACUCCAGGAAAAAUGUAUUUAGCUGCUGGUAUUGUCUUGUGGAUGGAUGGAGCAAACGAGUUUGUCGCUGGAACAAAAGCUACAAUUUUGAUACUCCCUAAAGAUGCAUUUGGGAAUAAUGUCUCUUCAAUCAGUAAAGGAUCAGAGUCCUAUAGUUUUUGGUUGUCAGCAACUAGUCUGGAUGGUUCUGCUGCAGACGUGCUUAACAUUACUGACAAGGGGUGGAAUCAGUUAGGAUAUCUCAGUAUUGAAUUUGUUGUGGCCUCAUCUGGGAACCUCUUACUUCAUGUUCGAGAGAAAAAUCAAACGUUGACUGGCUCCCCAUUGCCAUUCAAGGUGAAAACAGGAACUUUAGAUGUUGCUAAUUGUUUAGUACGCUGGCGUAUUGAAACAAAAGCCUUCCAACUGUUCUCAAUGAUGGAAGCUUUUAUACACCAGCAUGAUUCUUAUGGAAAUCUUGUCCCUGGAUCGUAUGCAUUUGAUGUUGAAGUUGUGCAGAAGGGGACAAACUUAUCUAUGCCAGUGUCGGAUCUGGUUUUCGAAGAUGUUGGGCUGGGUAUUCAGUCAUUUUCUUUCAGUCUAGUUGAGCCUGGGAACUUCAUGCUCAUGAUCUCUGAUAAGCACAACACUCUCAUCUCUAACGUGCCAUAUGACUUCAAAGUCUAUGUAGGCUAUUGUGAUGGGACAAACAGCGUUGUCAAUGGAACUGGUUUAAAUCACUCUUUUGCUGGAGAAGUUUCAACUUUUUCUGUGUUCUUGAGAGAUGCCUAUUUAUAUCCUUCUCCAGCUGAAUUAGAUAUGCUGCAAGUAAAAAUUCUGCAUGAAUCCAGUUUAAAACAGUUACGACCAAGGAUACGUCCAAAGAAAGCCGAAAUGGGUACUUUUGCUGGAACACUUGACAAACUUACUCCUUCAACUGAUGGUGCAAAAAAUAAGUCUACCGAGAACACAAGGUUCAGCGCAAGUAACUUUGAGGUCGCUUUUGUACCUGAAAAGAGUGGGACGUAUGAAAUCUCUAUCUUUUGUGGAAAUGUUCCACUAAAUGGUGGCAAUCCCUUCAGAAAGGUAGUAAGUGCAGGGAAGGUGAAUCUAUCCCUUUCAGGGGUUGUGGAGUUUGCUUCAAAAGUACCGAAGCUUGCAAAAAGUGAAGUAGUUAUACAGCUCCUGGAUUCAUACUCCAAUCCAGUUCUGUCAGAGCAGUCAAAAUUGAAACUUGAGGUUGCUUCAGUCAAUAGAUCUGGCUUUUCGACAAUGAUGUUUGUUGACAACAAAGACGGAACUUAUACUGGUAGUUUCUUGGCUAAGGACGUUGGCACCUAUGAGAUAUGCGCUUCAUUUGAUGGACAGCAUUUCACGCCAUGUCCAAUUGGCGUGAAUGUUUAUACAAGUGAAUAUUUUCCUAAAGUUUUAAAUGAUACAGUCCCUGUCUGGGAGGAUGAGUCAACUGCAGUUGAUGCUCUAGACAAUGAUUACUUUGCAGGUGGCAAUGCUAGUAUAAAAGAAUAUUCGAGGCCAGAUCAUGGUUCCCUUCUGCAGUAUGGAGGUCUUUUCAGAUACACACCUUACAAAGGAUUUAAUGGAAAUGAUUCUUUCGUGUAUACCAUCUGUGAUGUAAAUGGCAACGUAGCUUCUGGUUCUGUCAAUAUAGAUAUCCUUAGUAUUCCACCUCAGUUUGUCUCCUUUCCAAGUCAAUUGCACGGAACGGAGGAUCUAAUUAGUCCCAGAUUUGGUGGUUUCUCUGGAUUUGAGAUUGCAUACUCAGAUUUGGAUGAGAACAUCACGGUUAUUCUUAAUGCACAGUAUGGAACUGUCUUCCUGUCUCCAAUGCUAAUGCAAUUUUGGCAGCCGCUCUGGGGUGAAUUAUCAGUAAAAAUAGAUCAUCAGAAGGCCAAAGAGUUGAUUUUGGCUGGUCGUGUGGAUGUAAUUAACUCUGCCCUUCAAGCAAUCCGGUACUUUGGGGAUGAGAACUUUUGCGGUGAUGAUGCAAUCCAAGUCUCUACCAUGAACAGAAAUGGGAAGAACAGUGUUAAAGUUCCUGUAUUUGUGGAACCUAUUAAUGACCAUCCAUUUAUCAAUGCCCCUGCAUUUAUUUUCCUUGAAGAUUCGGGAGAUGUACUUAUUUUUGAUAGAAAGAAAGACAAAUUUGACUUCAGUAUUGGGGAUCCAGAUCUUCCAAAUUUCCCUGGUAACAGGUCUCACUUUUUAGUCAUCAUCUCUUUUGAAGUCAGUUCUGGAGUUCUAUCUACAAGUCUUCCUGCUGAGCUUGUAGCCACGACUGAACUGAAGCUAAAGACAAGUUACCAGUGGCAGCCCCUUCUGACAUUUGUUACCAUCUCUAAACAUUUUAUGGUGAAAGCAAAAGGCAUUAGAGUCCGAGGGACUAUUAAUGACUGCAACAGUAUAAUUGAACAAUUGAUGUAUCAUGGUGGCAAACAUGGUGAUGUUCUGACUGUGAGAGUAAAUGAUAUGGGAAACUAUGGGUGUUGCCCGAAUUGCGAGCAAAUGAUGUCAAUGCCAUUAUUUGCUGAGGCUACAAUAAGUCUAAUAAGAAGACCGCCAAUGAGUUCGCUGUUAGCUCAUGCCCUGGGAUCAGCACUUGUGGUAGAGUUCAUUAUGCUCCUCUCUCUCAGCGGGCUGCUACUUUUUUUCACAUGCAAAUGUGCUUUCGUGCUCAUCCGCGAAAAGAAAGAGGAAUACGAUCCAGCAGGACAUUGAGCACUCCAAGCCUUCGGGUGAAGAAGCCGUAAGUAGCAACUAUCUGUGCUUUUUGGCAAUAUCUUUUCAACAAAUUCUAGUUGCCAAGAAGCCAGCCAGCCAGCAUGAGAUU